UUUUUUGAAAUAAAUCAAGCCAAUUUGCUGAGGUUUCAAAGACUUAAGAUUGUAAGUUUACCCCAAACAGUAAGCAAUUUGCUGUGGAAUUAAAUAAUAUUGAACUAUGCAUGUUGAGUUUUCCAGAGUUUGCUGCUAUCUUUUUUUUUUUUUUUGAAAAUCCCAAAACUAAAACAGACAAGCUAAGGAGACGAAUGCUUCUGGAGAAGUUGAAAGGGUGGGUUACAGAGACAUCCUUGAAAUCACUGCACCGCAUUUUCCAUCUCUCCAUCCAUCUGCGUGUCAGCCUGCACUGCAACCGACCUCACUUUUCUACGGCUAUUUUUAUUAUUGUUGUCAUUGGUAAACACCACACAUCUGCCUGCCCAGGGCGGCUUCCCAUUGGUUCAAAUGGUUGUCUGUCGCAGUACUUCCGUCCGUUUGGCCGCUUGUGAUUGGCCGGGGUUUCUCUUUUUUUCCUCCUCUCCGCGGCGGUGGGUCGGAGCCGCUGUGUCCCCGGUCUGGCACGUUCCUAGCCAAAUUCUCCACGGUGUAAAAUUGGAUUCCCCCUUUUUCACAAAACCAAAAAAUAACCCCCCUUCAAUUCCCUGGAACCGCUGAUACGUUUCUGCUCAACACACACCUCCAAAGCUCCAGCAGAUAGCUCUGAAGAUGGCGGUGGUAAGCGGGAUGUCGGGGUCGGCUGUAGCCCGGCUGGAGGGCCGAGAAUUCGAGUAUCUGAUGAAGAAAAGGUCGGUGACCAUCGGCCGGAACUCCUCGCAGGGCUCGGUGGAUGUCAGCAUGGGACACUCCAGCUUCAUCUCCCGGCGGCACCUCGAAAUAUUCACCGCGGGAGAAGAUGGCACCGGCACGGGGGAAUUCUAUCUCCGAUGCCUUGGAAAAAACGGGGUGUUUGUUGAUGGGGUGUUUCAGAGAAGAGGGGCGCCACCUCUCCAGCUUCCACGAAUGUGUUGUUUCCGGUUCCCCAGCACAAGUAUAAAGAUCACGUUCACAGCCCUUGCCAAUGACAAGAAGGAGCCAAGGAACGUGCCGGAAUCACCGGUUAAGCCCGUCCAACCCCAAAUUUCGCCACUGACCAUCAACAUUCCUGACAACAUUGCCCACCUCAUGAGCCCACUGCCUUCACCCACUGGCACCAUCAG